CUCUCCAACUCAACGUCAGUGUGUCAGAGACCGUCUGAGUGCGCACACACACACUGCGCCCCUCUCAUACACUCUUUGGCACAGACGCGCGCACUGACACACACACACACACACACUCACACACACACACCGGAGAGGAGAGAGAGAGAGAGAAAGAGAGAGAGAGAGAGAGCUCCUGGUUAUUUGCCUCCAACUUCUCUCUUUGCUUCUACUUGUGUCUUUCUGUCUCUUCUUCUCCACCAAUGCGAGGAUUUUACUCCUGUUGUCUCCGUUUCUGUCGCCGCCGUCCCGAACUCAGGAAAACCAGUUUACGGACCAGACGGGAGUAUGUAAAAUAAUCCGCGAGCACAGAUCAGCAGCAGCAGCAGAAGAAGAAGAAGAAGAAGAAGGAGGAGAAGAAGAAGAAGAGUAAGCAGAAAGAAGAAAGAAAAGAAAUGGAUAAACGGAGUUAUUCUCUCGCUUUGCCUGCAGUUUUCCUCCACUUUGUACUUUUGGGAUUUACUGACGGACAGUUCUUUCCAGGUGGCUGUACAUUUGAGGAGUCGUACAGCAGCUGUGGGUACAGCGUUUCUCUGGGAACCAAUGGAUUUACCUGGGAACAAGUCAACUCCUGGGAAAAACCGACCAUGGACCCCGCCCUGCCCACAGGUUCAUUCAUGGUGGUGAACGCGUCGGGCCGAGCGUCGGGACAGAAGGCUCACCUGUACAUGCCCACCCUGAAGGAGAACGACACCCACUGCAUCGACUUCCUUUACUCUCUGUCGAGCCGAGACGGAGCCAGCCCAGGCACACUCAACGUCUACAUCAAGGUGAACGGCGGCGCUCAGGGCAACCCGGUGUGGAACGCCUCCGACACUGUCACCGAAGGCUGGGUGAAGGCUGAGCUCGCCAUUUCUACGUUCUGGCCUAACUCCUAUCAGGUAAUAUUCGAAGCAGUUUCAGUCCAAGGCCAUCCGGGUUUCAUUGCCAUCGACGACAUACGUGUUCUGGCUCACCCCUGCCGUAAAGCGCCUCACUUCCUGCGUCUGCAGAACGUGGAGGUGAACGUGGGGCAGAACGCCACGUUUCAGUGUACCGCCGGAGGGAAAUGGUCUCAGCACGAUAAACUCUGGCUGCAGCAGUGGAACGGUAAGGACACAGCUCUGAUGGUGACCAGGGUGGUGAACCACCGCCGUUUCUCUGCCACCGUCAGCGUCGGCGACACGUCGCAGCGCAGCACCAGCCGCUACCGCUGCGUCAUCCGGUCGGACGGCGGCUCGGGGGUGUCCAACUACGCCGACCUCAUCGUUAAAGCUCCGCCCACCCCCAUCGCUCCGCCCGAACUUCUCGCCGUGGGCGCCACCUACCUUUGGAUCAAGCCCAACGCCAACAGCAUCAUCGGCGACGGGCCGAUCAUCCUGAAGGAGGUGGAGUACCGCACCACUUCGGGGAACUGGGCGGAAACCCACGUGGUCGACGCCCCCACCUACAAGCUGUGGCAUCUGGACCCAGACGUGGAGUACGAAAUCAAGGUGCUGCUGUCCAGACCCGGGGAGGGAGGGACGGGGCCUCCGGGGCCGCCGCUGGUCACCAGGACCAAAUGUGCAGAUCCAGUCCACGGUCCCCAGAACGUGAACGUGGUGGACGUCAGAGCCCGUCAGCUGACGAUACAGUGGGAGACGUUUGGGUACGCGGUGACGCGCUGCCACAGCUACAACCUGACGGUGCAGUACCAGUACGUGUUCAACCAGCAGGAGUUUGCAGCGGAGGAGCUGAUCCAGACGUCGUCACAUUACACUCUGAGGGGCCUGAGGCCCUUUGUCACGGUCAGACUGAGGCUGGUGCUGGCCAACCCUGAGGGAAGCAAGGAGAGCGAGGAGAUAGUUAAACAGACAGAGGAGGACGUGCCCGGCUCCGUGCCCAUGGAGUCUCUGCAGAAUACGCCCUACGAGGAGAAGAUCUUCAUGCAGUGGAAAGCUCCCAAUGAGACCAACGGGGUCAUCACACUGUACGAGAUCACCUACAAGGCCCUGAGCUCGCUGGAUCCCAGCGCGGACCUGACCACGCAGAGGGGACGGGUGUUCAAGCUGAGGAACGAGACCCACCAUCUGUUCGUGGGUCUCUACCCGGGGACCACCUACUUCUUCACCCUCAAAGCCUCCACCAACAAGGGCUUCGGCCCGCCCGUCACCACCCGCAUCACCACCAAGAUAGCAGCCCCGAUGAUGCCCGAGUACGAGUCCGAGGCGCCGCUGAACGAGACGGAGACCACCAUCACCAUCCUGCUGAAGCCCGCCCAGUCCCGUGGAGCACCUAUCAGCUCCUACCAGCUCGUCGUGAAGGAGGAGCGCAAGUCCAAGACCCGCGCCGCCUCCGAGGCCCCCGAGUGUUUCUCCGCCCCCGUCGGCUUCCGCAACGCCUCCAUCUUGGACUCGUCCUACUACAUCGCCGCCGAGCUGCCGCCGUCCAGCCUCACGGUCGUGCAGCCGUUCACGGUGGGCGACAACAAGAGCUACGGCGGUUUCUGGAACCCCCCGCUGUCUCCCGCCAAGAGCUACAGCAUCUACUACCAGGCCAUGAGCAGAGCCAAUGGGGAAACCAAAAUCAACUGUGUGCGCCUGGCUAACAAAGUGGUAAUAGGUAGGGGACAAAUAACAACGCCGUACAUUCUAGUCAUCCCAAGCGAAGGUGCGUCCACGCAGGACUCGGAUGCCAUGGAGCCGGAGAAGCAGGUGGACAGCACGGUGAAAAUGGCCGGAGUGAUCGCAGGGAUCCUCAUGUUCAUCAUCAUCCUCCUCGGCGUCGUCCUCACCUUCAAACGCAGAGAGAUUCACACGUGGAGAACUCUGAGCGUGGGGAAGUUGGCGAAGAAGCAGAAGGAGACGGCCAGCAGCUCCACUCAGCAGAGGGAGAUGGGUCCGGUCACCACGGCUGAUAAGAGCACCACUAAAGUCAGCACCCUGCACAAAGACGACCCCUUCUCCACCUCCAACCAGGACCUCAACGGAUUCACCUCCCCCUCCACCUGCUCCUUCUCUGUGCAGGGGAGCAAGACGCUGCAGAGCAAAUCCCUGCUGAAUUCCUACUACUCAGUGUCCAAAGAGCCGGUUCCCGCCACGACUUCUAUAGACAGUAGCCAGCCCUCGCUCGCCCAGCCCUCUCUGACCCUGCAGAGUUUUCCCUACGGAGGCUGUGAGUCUGUGGAGCUCUCCUACCAGAGUGGUCAGUUCCAGGCCGGCCAGUUUCAGCCGGCUAUUCGAGUCGCCGACCUCCUCCAACACAUCACCCAGAUGAAAUGUGGACAGGGCUACGGUUUCAAGGAGGAAUAUGAGGCCCUGGCAGAGGGACAGACGGCGCCCUGGGAAACGGCCAAGAAGGACGAGAACCGCAACAAGAAUCGCUAUGGCAACAUCAUCGCUUACGACCACACCAGAGUCCGACUGCAGCUGCUGGACGGAGACCCCCACUCUGACUACAUCAACGCCAACUAUAUUGACGGGUACCACAGACCCAGACAUUACAUCGCCACACAAGGGCCCAUGCAGGAGACGGUCAGGGAUUUCUGGAGGAUGGUCUGGCAGGAAAACUCGGCCUCUAUCGUCAUGGUUACCAACCUGGUGGAGGUGGGCAGGGUGAAGUGUGUGCGUUACUGGCCUGACGAGACGGAGGUGUACGGAGACAUCAAGGUGACCCUGAUAGAGACCGAACCGCUGGCGGAGUACGUCAUACGGACGUUCACCGUCCAGAAGAAGGGUCACCACGAGAUCCGUGAACUCCGUCAGUUCCAUUUCACCAGCUGGCCCGACCACGGCGUUCCCUGCUACGCCACAGGACUGCUGGGCUUCAUAAGACAGGUCAAGUUUCUCAACCCGCCAGACGCCGGGCCCAUAGUGGCACACUGCAGUGCCGGUGCAGGGAGGACGGGCUGUUUCAUCGCGGUGGACAUCAUGUUGGACAUGGCGGAGAACGAAGGCGUGGUGGACAUCUUCAACUGCAUCCGAGAGCUGAGAUCGCAACGGGUCAACAUGGUGCAGACGGAGGAGCAGUACGUGUUUGUCCACGAUGCCAUCUUGGAGGCGUGUCUAUGUGGGAACACAGCCAUACCCGUGUGUGAGUUCAGAGCCAUUUACUACAACAUCAGCAGACUGGACCCACAGACCAACUCCAGCCAGAUUAAAGACGAGUUCCAGACUCUGAACAUCGUGACGCCCAGAGUCCGUCCAGAGGACUGCAGCGUGGGUUUGCUACCCAGGAACCACGACAAGAACCGCAGCAUGGACGUCCUGUCGGCGGACCGCUGCCUCCCGUUCCUCAUCUCUGUGGAUGGAGAGAGCUCCAAUUACAUCAAUGCUGCAUUAAUGGACAGCCACAAACAGCCAGCGGCCUUCAUCGUUACCCAGCAUCCUUUGCCAAACACCAUGGGCGACUUCUGGAGGCUGGUGUUCGACUACAACUGCUCCUCCAUCGUAAUGCUCAACGAGAUGGACGCGGCGCAGUUAUGUAUGCAGUACUGGCCGGAGAAGAGCUCGUGCUGCUACGGUCCCAUCCAGGUUGAGUUCAUAUCAGCCGACAUCGAUGAGGACAUCAUCAACCGGAUCUUCAGGAUCUGCAACAUGGCCAGGCCACAGGACGGUUACCGCCUGGUGCAGCACUUCCAGUUCAUCGGCUGGCCGGCCUACAGGGACACGCCUCUCUCCAAGCGCUCCAUCCUCCAGUUGGUCCGGAGGCUGGCUAAGUGGCAGGAGCAGUAUGACGGCGGAGACGGGAGGACUGUGGUGCACUGCCUUACCGGCGGAGGGCGUUCAGGAACGUUCUGUGCCAUCUGCAGCAUCAACGAGAUGAUCCAGCAGCAGAACAUCGUGGACGUUUUCCACACCGUCAAAACACUGAGGAACAACAAGACUAAUAUGGUGGAGACAAUGGAACAGUACAAGUUCUGCUACGAAGUGGCUCUGGAGGCGCUCAGCUCCUUCUGAUUGGCUGCUGGCCAAAAUUCUCUUUUCUGAUUCGCCGUCGACGCUGCCUGUCAUUCUCAACGCAACACUGGGACACGCAGGGAGCAGAAGUGCUUUGUGCUGAGCCCCGAACCCGACCAGUGAGCAUGUGUGCCUGUGUGUGUGUGUGUGUGUGUGUGUGUGUGUGUGUGUGUGUGUGUGUGUGUGUGUGUGUGUGUGUGUGUGUGUAUCUAUACGUGUGCCUGUGACAACACCAACACACACAAACCUGUACAGAAGAUGAAAAAAAAAAGCGACAAACAUACACACUGGUGAUUUAAGUGUGUGUGUGUGUGUGUGUGUGUGUGUGUGUGUUCGCUUCAGCGAAACUGGGGACUUUACACGCUUGUACAAAGAAAAAAGAAAAAAUGAUAUGUUGAAAAAAAAAAACAAAAUCAGAUGUUUAAAAAAAAAACAAAAAAAGCGGCACUUUUUCCUUCUCUAUCUCUCUUCUCUCUACUGGGCUGUGAUGUGACUAUUGUACAGUAUUUCCUUUUUAGAUAUAUUCUACGCCUUGAAUGUUGUCUCCCUCUGAAGGCCGGACGCACACUGCAAGAGUUUAGCUCAAGUCGUCGUGACGCCUCGACUCGUGUUUACAGAGAGUCGUGAGAAAAGUGUUCGGUGGAUGAUUCAGGUUCUGGAUCAAAGCAAAAACCCACAGACACUCGUUAAUAUUUCUGGUAUUUUCCUUUGAGCUCGCAGCCUCGUUAGACGCUAUGAAAGUUGUAAUUCAACAACCAGCUACAAAAAAAUUCUUCUGAUUUAUUUUUUUUUAAGUCAUUUAUAAAUAUAUACGAAGUUCACGUUUACUGGGACAAAUGGCUGCAAAUACUGUUAUAACAACAGUAUUAAUAAAACAAUAGAACAAAAUAAAUCAUGCUUUACCUUUAAGAUGAAAGGCCGGCGGCACAAAACACAGUGAGUUCAGAUUUUCCUUAAAGUUUGAGUUGAGGCUUCCUUAGAAUAAAAAAGUUUUCUCCUUAUCUUAGUCUCAUACUGAAGGAAUCACUUAGCAACUUAAAUAAGGGAAAAAAAACUAAAGGUAUGAUCACCUGUACAGUUUCAUGUCACAUGAUCUGUCCGGGGUCAGGGGUCGUCGAGGUGUUUCACGUCCACACAUCAGCGAGUUUAAACGCUCUUGACUGUGUCGUAUAAAGUUCCCGUUCACUUUGCUUUGAUGCUGACGGCUCCCCAAACCUGGCAGCAAAACAACGGUCUCCACGGAAACAGUAGAAUUUAACUGCCGUAAAAUCUCUUUCACUGCUGCAAAUGCGUUUAGUAAGGAAACCACCCCCCCCCCCCCCCAAGAUAAGGAGAAAUUAAACCUUCAGUGUCACAAUUAAAAGUAGGAAACUAAAGGUGUUUUGUGCAGCUGGCCCCAGAUGUUGUUGCCUCUGCUCCACUUAUGUUUUUCCUUUGGGGCUGUGAGAAAAAAGUUUCACAGAAGAAGUUUUCUUUUUAUUUAUUUUAUUUUAUUUGAUGGUUUUUCUGGAAAACCAAUCUUGUCAAAACCUUAUAGUGUGCAUCCACCCUUACUGUAAAUAAGAUAAGACAACCACAGUCAAACAAACAAACAGACAAACAUCACGUACCAGACACAUUACAAAUAAAGGUUUUUCAUUUCAAAACACUAUCACUUCAAAAGAAAAAGCUGUCAGUCAUUUUCAGCAUCAGUGAUGAUCAGAAUCUUUUGUUACUACAAACUGUCCAUUAAAACAUGCUGUUAAAAAACAAAUGAUAUAUAUAUUUUUGCAUAUUGCACAUUUAUCUGACCCCGCCUCCAGAGAGACUGAAUGAAAUCAGCUGUGCAGUUAUUCCAGAGGAAAAACUAAACGUAACUUAUUCUACUUUUUUUCUACGUCUAGUUGGUUGAUGUGGUUUUGAAAACUUGCUUUACCUUGAAAAAACCUGAAACUGCGAUAAAUUAUUUACUGAAAUCACGACUGGCCCAACUUAUGCCUUCUUGGUUCUUGGUUUAGCUCAGCUCCAUAAGCCAAACCGUGUUUGUAUUUCCUGUGACACGCUCUGGAUAAAUAUCAGAGAAGAAGAAGACGCUGGGGGAUCAGACAGUUUCCCCAGCCUGCCAUCUAUCAUUAAAAUGAAACACAAAGACAAAGAGACAGGUCACGAUUACUUUUCCUCUGCAAAGCCUCAAAAAUUUGCUUUCCGCCGAGGUGAGCGGUCGACAGCCCGCAGGUCUUAACAGGAAAUGAUUUCAGAUGGUGAUCGACCCCGGGCGAAUGAGGGUCAACGCGUCUGACAGUUCAGACGUCACCGCGGCUCAAAGGGACACGUGUUUGGAGAGCGGGAGAUAAUGAGAAUUAUACAGGAAGCGUCGCCUCAUCUCCCCUCACGCCACCCGGCCUUUGACUUCCUCCGUCGUCUCGUUUAAAAGACGUGAAGGAAAAAAAAACGAAACCAAGCGCUCCUCUGAACUGUGCCGAGUCACGACGACUGUGAGGACAUUGUAAUAUUUAGGGGAUUCAUGGACUAUAACAGUCAUAAUGAACAGGACGAGUUUAUAUACGUCGAUAAUCUUUGGGGGAACAAAGAUAAAAACCCAUUAUAUAAUUUGCUCUGACGUCAGCCGUCAGGUCGUACCAGCGGGUGUUAGUAUUUGAGAUUACCCAGUUUGGAACGAUACCUGCUCGCAGCUUUCAGCGCUCGUGGCCAGAACCAGCAUACUUGUGGAAAAAAUGUCGUGGCAAACUUGUUCAGUCUGCGCUUCCCUUUUUCUUUUCUUCUCCUAUCGCUGGAGUCCAGUCAGGCUCCUUAAUGGACCUAUCGAGACAAAGACGGUGUUGUAUUGAAGACAAUGUGAAUGCCAGAAAUGUUUAUCUUUACCUUUUUAUUUCCACUAAGGCUUUAUUGUAUUGGAUCGGUUCAUGGCCAUUCAUCUGUAUUAUACACUUUUUUUCUUUCUGGAUUUUUUUCUUUUCUUUUUUCUUUCGUUGUUUUGUUUUUGUUUUGUUUUUUGUCCUAAAUUUGUACAUUUCUUUUUGUAUAAUUAUUAUUCUGAUGAUUAUUUGUCUAGCAAAGUGUUGUUUAGAUCUGGUGAUGCCAUUACCAUUGGUUGUUUAGUUGUUUGAAAUGUGGUUAACAUGAAAUAAAAGGGACCAAAAUGUUGAA